AUGUUUUUAAAUUUGUGUAUCUGUGUACUCUUGAGUUAUUUCCGUUUCAAGUUUUUCAAUUUUUUACUUCUGCACACUUUCAUCCACCAGCAUAUUAACGAAUACAUUUUGUCUGUUAUUUCUUUGUUAUUUCUUGUUUUCCUCUUUCAUUUUUCUUUCUUUCGUUCAUUCAUUCUUUCUUUUUAUUUAUUAAUGAAUGCGUCCUUACACUUAUUACUUACUUAUUUCUUUUACUGCUCGUUCUUUCAUUUUCUUUCUUUCUUUUUUCUUUCUUUAUUUAUUUAUUUAUUUAUUUAUUUCACCGAUAUAUUAAUGAAUGCAUUAUUCAGUUAUUUUUUCUUUAUUGCUUCUUUUGCUCUUUCAUUUUCUUUCAUUCGUUUAUCCAUUCUUUCUUUUAAUGCAUUCUUAGAAUUAUUACUUCAUUAUCUGUUUUGUUUAUUUUCUUUCUUUCUUUCUUCUUCUUUCUUUCUUUUUUUUCACUUUGUCAUUUUUCCUCUCAUAUCUUCCAUAAUCCUCAUUUCAUUUUUACUUUCUCCUUUUAUCUUUCUUCUUCUUUCUUCCCAUUUUAUUUUUCUUUACUCAUUCUUCCUUUUCUAA